AUGAACGCACCCCCCUCACGAGGUUACGAUUCACCCGGGCCCAGGGCCCGGCGGCCGAUGGGAGAACCCCGCAAUGACGGUGGACCUGGAGCGGGAGAAGGUCAAAUGUCAAGGGCCCAGAUGUUCCAAGAUGAGAAGCGGCGGAUCAUGAGCAGUUGUUUCUCCAAGGAAGACAGUGACGGCACUUUGGCCGAGUCCUACAUUACCCACAUCCGAAUCACCGAAGACGCAGCAUACCCAUCUGGCCCUGCACCGCCGAAUUCUCCUCCGGAAAACAAGAAACCUCGACUGAUUAUUGUCUCGCUGAGAAAGUCGGGUCGAGUCCGCAUGCAUAAAGCUCGUGAGAACAACGAUGGAACCUUCUCAAUAGGAAAGACAUGGAUGCUCGAUGACCUCAGCGCGAUCCAAUCUUACAGCGAUUUACCGGCCACCACCCCUGCCGAGCAACAACAAAAAGAAUGGGCCUCGAACGUGGGGUUUGUCGUCACUGUAGGAAAGCCGUAUUAUUGGCAAGCAGGCAACUUCAAGGAAAGAGAUUUUUUUAUCGCGAGUCUUGUCAAGAUCUACAAGAAAUACACAGGUGGCAGGACUCCAAAGUUGAUCGGCUUCGACGAAAAGCAAAGACAAGCCUUAGUAGGCGAUUCAAGUCAAGGUCCGCUCCGUCCUGAAGCUUCGACCAAGCCGGCCGGACCACCACCACAGGAGCCACGACUAAAUCCACCUUAUCCAACCCAACCUCCAAGUCGCGAAGGAAGACCUCAGAGGCCGGAUGAGAAACUUCUGAGAGCACAACAGAGCCGUGACCAGAUACGAGAGGCACGUUCAACGCCAUCGCCUGGCCGGCCUGUUCACGCCCGUGACGGACCCCCUUUAAAGGCCAACGGACGGAUAGAAGGCGACAGAAAUGCUGCUAUGGAGCAAAUGGCAGAUUUGGCAGGUCGUCAAACCUUGGAAUCGUCUUCUGAAACUUCCCGAGCAACGUCGCGAAACAGAGACCACAGCCGACCAGGGAGAGCACCCCCUUCGCGUGAUGGCAGAUAUGGCCAUGAAAUCAAACCCAACCCUGCCUUGGAUGCUACGCGCGAUCUGCAACGGCCUACCACAGCUGGAUCCGGCGGCACAGGAAGUCUAGGACAGUCUCUUGUACAAGAGAGCAGCGAAAGACUGUCACGGCCAUCGAGCAGAGGCGAUGUGGGAAGUGUACCGCCUUCUCGAGACGGCAAUCUCUCCAAUAGAUCCUCGAGGAUUUUAGACGUGGACCUACCUCCUGCUCUUCGCCCAGGUUCCCGGCCUGGCUCAUCAAGCAGCAUUUCAAGAGCAAACCUGGAGCCACCAAAAACGGCACACGAACCUAAAGUCGCUGCACCCGAGUUACUGCCAGCUGCUUCAAAAUCAGCUGAGUCUCUAGUACUACCAAUUCAGAGUUCAGUUGACACGCCUGUAGUUCCUCCUGCGACCAAGGCUGCUGAACAACCCGAAACCCCUGCACCGACCGCCAAGCUGCCUGAUAUACCGGUUACUGCAACAGAAACAGAGACGAAAGAUGAGGGCCACCGUCCUGGUCUCGGUCCUAUGUUCAAGAAGAAGUCAGGCAAGGAGAUUGCCAAUGCCUUAAGCAAGGCAGCUACCGCAUACUCUGCUUUCAAGCCAAGACCCGGAGGUGGUAGAGAACGUCUCAUGGCGUCACAGAAGCCGCAGGCAGAUGACGGGCCUGAUGGCAUCACAAGUGUGGUGCCAGCUCCUUUGUUACGAGGACAGAGCAGCGAAUCUACCAAAACCCCUAACCCAGUAACAGAAACCGCUCCAACAACGAUAACAGACUCAACAACGGAAGCCGUGCCAGCGCCGGAAGCACCACCGCCAUUAACGGUGGUGACGGAUACGGCUCCCGGGCCAGCUUCUAUAGAAGCAGAGCCUCCGAAGGUGGAAAUUACUCGAGCCGCCACAGACGAAAUGACCACUCCUGUGGAUCAAGUCAAACAAUUGCCCGCUGUUGAUUUCGUUGUACCGGUAGAAGAGAAGCCCAGAUCAAGGCCAACCUCACCGGCUCAAGAAAAGCGCCGAAGACGCCGUGAAGACAACAUUGUAAAAUACUGUCAGGCCCUAGGCAUAGAACCCAAUGUUCUUGAAGGGAUCGGGGGUAAUUUCGACGAGAUACUGACUGACUUGGGUUGGACUGGCCGACUAAGUGAUGAUAAGAAAAUCGACGAUCUAGAAGCCGACAUUCGUCGAGAAAUUGGUCGGGUCCAGGCCAUCAGCUGGCUUGGAAACAUUGAGCAACAAGAAGGCAAAAUUGACCAAUUGGCUAAGCUCAUUGACAAAACCAUUGACGAGUGCGAAGAGUUGGACGGUCUUCUUACCCUCUACUCUCAUGAACUUAGUACUCUCCACGAUGAUGUCGCAUAUAUCGAAACCCAGUCCCAAGGUCUUCAGGUCCAGACUGCCAACCAAAAGCUUCUGCAAAAUGAGCUACAAAACCUUCUCAACACGCUAUCCAUUUCCUCUAAUGAUCUACGGCCACUGAAGGAGGCAACCCUAAAUAGCUCAGACAGUGUUCGAGUGGCCGAGAAUACUCUAUCCUUGUUGUACAAGGCCAUGUUGACAAUCGAUUCUGAUAUUGGACAAAACAAAAAGCGCAUGGCUGACGCUGCAGGCGAUUCUAGCAGCAUGGGUACAUAUACGGAUUCAGAUGUUCGUCAGAUGCGUGCAAUUAAGGAUAAGAAAGACAGUUACCGCGCGGAAGCUGGCGCGUUUCUAAAGCGUCUUAGGCAGUUCAUGACCCUUGCGUUUAAAGCCGCAGAACAAAAACGGGUUGAAAUUUCUUCUGCUUCUUCAACUGCUACGAAACUUGAUAAUACUGCUCGGAAUGCAGCCCGCCAGGAUCUGUGGAUGUACAACGCCCUCAUGCUAUUUGCGCGAGAGGUUGGUACUACGGAGUGGGCGAUGAUCAUCAAUCUGUACGAGCAAGAUGCAAAGACUCCAUACCAAAAUGAAUUCCGAAAUCACUGUGCAACUUGGAAGAGGGCAGUGAAAAAGAACUCUGGUGACGAACAAGAUCUGCUUUUCACACAUCAUGAAAAGGAAAAGGAUGGUGACGGCAUAACCAAUGCGGCUCGCAAAUUGACUGUCAGGAGGGGCAAAACGGUCCGUCUAAACCACGGGGCAAAGUCCUUGGAAAAGCAAUCUGGCAAAUUAGAACCGUUUGAAGUGUUUGCAGGCGCCCUCCAGGAAAUGCUCAAGAUGAUAUCUCAAGAGCAGAAUUUUGCGGUUCACUUUUUCCACUUGAGCUCUCUUGCAUCUGGGGAGUUCCCUGAUGUUGUGGCUGCUAGUGACCCUGACAACCGGCACAUUCCCGACUUCACUGUGAAACAACUGCAUGACCCGGACCGCGACCUUGCAAAACGAGUUGAGCAAAUUAUGGAUAGUAUCUAUUCCUUUUGGGCUACAGAUAUGCAGAAUCUGGUCGAUUGGGCUUUAAGAACCGAGCGAUUGCAAGGAGUUGGUGUGCUUGCAGCGCUUGAAGGAGCCAUUUCCGAAUACGAUGAUACGAAUCAGGAUUUUAUUGUUCACACCUUGCAAAAAUUGGUGUCGCGUCUCAACGGCUUAUUCAAUCGGUUUGUCGACGAACAGAUUCGAGGAAUUGAGGAAACCAAAGUCAAGAUCAACAAACGAAAGGGUGUUAUCUCGUUCAUGAGGACAUUCCCUCAUUUUGCAGUCGUCAUUGAAAACAUGUUGGCUAGCCAGCCAUCGUCCAACUUCUCUGAUGUCCGUGUGGCUGUUAACGAAGCAUAUAACAAGAUUAAUCGAGCGAUGUGGGAAAGUCUGAAAUUCAUUGCCAAAGAAGCACCGGGCCAAGCACCUGGAGCUACGACCGGGACUGGUGACCCAGAAGACAAAGAAGCGCUCAAUUACCAUGUUCUUCUGAUUGAGAAUAUGAACCAUUACAUCGAAGAAGUUGACGUUCGUGACCUCAGCGUUCUAGAAGGAUGGCGGGACCGGGCAUAUCAGGAUUACUACGAACACAUGAACCUUUAUAUAGAUGCCGUGAUCCGACGACCGCUUGGAAAACUAUUAGAUUUUAUCGAGUCCACGGAGUCCCUGCUUACGCAUACAAGCAACCCGGCGGACAUCUCAGCGCGCACUAGCCAUUCGAAACACGUGGCCAAGAAGUUGGUAUCAUCCCAUGAUUCAAAGGAGCUUCGCCGUGGUGCCGACCUUCUCCGCAAACGGGUUGAGAAGCACUUUGGUGAUGCAGACGACCCGGGCCUCAGCCGUAGUCUGGUGCAGAAGGUGCUCAAGGAAUGCGAGAGCCGAUACUCGGAUGCAUAUGAGCGUAUCAACAAAAUAAUUGACAGCGUCUACGAAGGUCAAGUUGAGCUCGAUUGGAAUCGGGAAGAAAUCAGCUCAUUGUUCCGCCGUUGA